AUGAUAAUUUACAGGAUCUCAUGCAGCUUGAGAAACCAAGCAGUGAGACUUGGAAACUGCACCAAGGUACCCCGGAAUGUAAACAUGGAGAAACUGCAACAUGGCUAUUUGUUUCCAGAGAUUGACAGACACGAGCUCAUGCACAAAGAAAAGUAUCCACAUGAAAAAGUAAUAGACCUAGGAAUUGGUGGUACUACAAAGCCCCUGCCAACAGUUAUUACAUCAAGCACGAUCGAUUUUGUGCAUGGCCUUUCAACAAUGGAAGGUUAUAAAGGAUAUGGACCUGAGCAAGGUGAAAAGGCCUUAAGGAAAGCAAUUGCUGAUGUAUUCCACAAAGAUCUAGGGAUAAAGCCUGUUGAGGUUUUUGUCUCAGAUGGGGCUCAGUGCGACAUUACUCGUCUUCAGCUGCUUCUGGGCUCGAUUGUAAAGAGAGCUAUACAGGACCCAUCCUUUCCGGCCUACAUCCUAAGCGUCAUAAUUGGUCAGACUGGCGAAUUUCUAGCUAAAGCUGGCCAGUACAAAAAAGAGUACAUGAAAUGCGGGCCUCAAACAAACUUCUUCCCUGAUCUAUCUUCUGUUCCAAGGGCAGAAAUUAUUUUCUUUUGUUCUCCGAACAAUCCCACAGGUCAUGCAGCGACAAGGAAGCAACCAGAGCAACUUGUGGAUUUUGCCAAAGUGAAUGGAUCAAUCAUUGUCUUUGACUCUGCAUAUUCAGCUUUUAUGACUGAUGGUAGUCCAAAAUCAAUCUAUGAAAUUCCUGGUGCCAGAGAGGUUGCAAUUGAAGUUUCAUCCUUCUCCAAGUUUGCUGGAUUCACAGGUGUCCUCCUUGGUUGGACAGUAGUCCCUGAAGAACUCUUCUAUGCUAAUGGAUUUCCUGUUUUACAUGAUUUUGAUCGCAUAAUGUGCACUUGUUUUAACGGAGCAUCCAACAUCGCCCAGGCUGGUGGAGUAGCAUGUCUCUCACCAGAGGGCUUCAAGGCUGUCAGGCUCCGCACCCUUUAUUACAUGGAGAAUGCAAGAAUACUGUUAGAUUCUUUGGCUUCACUUGGUUUGACAGUUUAUGGUGGUGAAAAUGCACCCCAUAUUUGGGUCCAUUUUCCUGGCUCAAAAUCUUGGGAUGUGUUUGCUGAAAUUCUUGAGAAGACACACAUAAUCACAGUCCCAGGCAGUGGUUUUGGUCCAGGUGGUGAAGAGUUUAUUAGAAUUAGUGCUUUUGGCCACAGAGAGACCAUCACUGAGGCCUCACAGCUACUGAAACACCUUUUCUGUUAG